AUGGCCUUCCAAGAGAUAGGUCAGCUUUUUGGCAAUGGUCACCAUGUGACUACAUCCUCCAAUCCGAACCCCGAUGCUUCUGGUGGCAGAAAACCUUUUGAAGCCUCACAUGAUUCACCCACUCAUGCCUCUCAAGCUUGCGACAUCUGGAAAAAGGUUCAGAGUAUCAAGGAAUGUGGUUGUGUUCUCCUCAAUGGGUCUCACCUUGAUAUCGCUUCUGUCAUUGCGGUUGCCAAGUACAACUGCAAUGCUUACGUCGCGGAGACAGAAGAUAUUGCAAACUCUAUGAACAAAAGCGUUUUGUUACUCGAAGAGUACCUAUCCAAGGGUUACUUUGUCUACGGUGUCAACACUGGCUUCGGCGGAAGUGCUGAAAGCCGCACAAAAGAUCUCCCUGCUCUUCAGUCGGCGCUGCUGCAACUCACCCAGGCAGGCAUAUUGGCAGAUGAAGACACAUUCGGUAAUGGGCUCAACAGCAUGUCUGUCACCUGGGUUCGAGCUGCCAUGUUGGUACGCUGCAACACAUUGCUUCGAGGCCACUCAGGCGUGCGAUUAGAACUUGUUCAAGCCCUCCUUCUCCUCCUCCGGAAGGGAAUGACGCCCAUUGUUCCCUUGCGGGGGUCUAUUUCAGCAUCUGGCGAUUUGAUCCCUCUGUCAUAUGUCGCCGGGUUGCUUGAGGGCAACCCUGAUAUUCGGAUCCGCACGCCAACCUCUAUUAUGUCUGCUGAUAUGGCGCUCGAAGUCGCUGGACUGGAGCCCAUUACUCUAGGACCCAAAGAAGGCCUCGGCCUUGUUAAUGGCACGGCUCCUUCGGCUGCUCUGGGUUGUCUGGCAGUUCAUGAGGAGAAUAAACUCCUGCUACUUGCACAAGAUCUUGUCGCUAUGUCAUGUGAGGCUUUACUGGGGAAGGCCGAGAACUACCAUCCCUUAAUUUCUUCUGUUUGCCCUCAUCCUGGUCAAGUACAAUGUUCAGCAACCAUUCUGAAUUUUCUCGAGGGAUCUUCACUUGUACAGAGCCUGAAAGAAGAGGACAAGUUCAGACCAGGUCUGGCGCAGGAUAGAUAUGCCUUAUGA